UUUUUUGCUCGCAAUAAAUUUCAAUCACUCAAUAAAUCAACGUUUGUUUUGAAACACAGUUUGUUGUUUAUUUUCAAUACAAUGUUCACGGUUACAUCAUUGAUAAUACAGUACUAACCAAGUCUGCCACGGGACACAUUAUCCUGCCAUAGCACAGUUCCAUGUGGAGACUGAAAAAAUCCUUCCAAGUCAUUCCGAACAGGUGUCGUUAUGGCAGCUCGGGUGGAACCUUUCUUUUACUGUCUAUGGGAGGAACGGGCCCUGGACAUCCGUGUUGUUUCUUUUUUUUUAAAAUUAUUAUUAUCCGUGUUGUUUCUGUGGGGAUAAAGUUUGUGUCGUCUUGUUAUUCAACGUCGAUUAGCUCUCCAGCUGGCAGCUGCAACAACAUUCUCUCUCUUUCGCUCGCUGUGCACGGAACCAAAGAGAUUCGCGAACCCCCCUAGCGUUCUGGCGGCGAAAUGCACCGCGAAGCACCACAGCCUGACGCAGAAGCAUAAAACGGCCACGACGCCGUAGCAGUGACGACGUAGCUACGCCGUAGAGUUGACGCAGAAGCAUAAUGAGGCCUUUACCCCUGCCGAGCGGAAUUAUGAUGUGGGGAAUCGAGAGCUCUUAGCUAUUCGUCUUGCUUUGGGGGAGUGGCGUCAUUGGCUGGAGGGAUCGGCUGUUCCGUUCGUAGUUUGGACCGACCAUAAGAACCUCAAGUACAUCCGUUCUGCCAAGAGGCUUAACGCCCGUCAAGCUCGUUGGUCUCUUUACUUUACGCGCUUUGAUUUUACUAUCUCUUUUCGACCGGGGUCCAAGAAUCAGAAGCCUGAUGCUCUCUCACGUCAGUUUCCUUCCCCUGAGACCACGCCUACGGAGGAGGGGAUUCUCCCCCAGGGGGUGAUAGUAGGCGCGGCCAUCUGGCGAAUCGAACGUCUGGUUAAGCGUACGCUGUCUCACACUUGAACGCCGCGGCUUUGUCCUAAGGGUCUUUUAUUUGUUCCCCCUUCUGCCCGCCGCGCCGUAAUCCAGUGGGGACAUUCUUCUAAAUUGUUCGUCCACCCGGGGGUCAGGGGUACGAUCGCCGCGGUCAAACAGAGGUUUUGGUGGCCCUCUCACGAACGUGACAUUCGUCGUUUCAUAGCCUCCUGUUCUAUCUGCGCCCAGACUAAGGGUACUAAUAAACCUCCGGCGGGGUUUCUUAGGCCCCUUCCUGUCCCAUCUCGUCCAUGGGCUCAAAUUGCGCUUGAUUUUAUCACUGGGCUUCCACUCUCCAGGGGUAACCAGGUCAUUCUCACGGUAAUUGACCGUUUUUCCAAGGCCGCCCAUUUCGUCCCGUUGCCUAAACUUCCGUCCGCCAAGGAGACCGCUCAGAUCGUUGUUGAUCACGUUUUUAGGAUCCAUGGUCUCCCGGAAAACGUAGUUUCGGAUAGGGGACCGCAAUUCUCUUCUCUCUUCUGGAAGGAGUUCUGUCGCCUCAUUGGUGCUUCGGUCAGCCUCUCCUCUGGGUAUCAUCCCCAGACGAACGGUCAGGCCGAACGCGCUAAUCAGACGAUUGGCCGUCUGUUAUGCUGUUUAGCUUUUCGCAAUCCCGCGUCCUGGGCGGAACAACUUUCGUGGGCUGAGUAUGCCUAUAACUCCGCUCCAGCUUCUGCGACCGGUUUUUCGCCCUUUCAGAGUUGUUUAGGAUACCAGCCUCCACUUUUUCCGUCCUCCGAUUUGGAGUCCAAGGUGCCUUCCGCCCUAGCUUUCAUCCAGCACUGUAAACGAACUUGGAGAACGGUUAAAGCUGCUCUCUGUAAGUCACGCUCUGUCACUCUUCGAGCCGCUAAUAAGCGUCGGAUCAAGAGUCCUCGGUAUGCUUGUGGUCAGAGGGUUUGGCUUUCGACUGCCAACCUCCCUCUUCAAUAUCCCUCACGCAAGCUCGCUCCCAAAUUCAUUGGACCAUUCCGCGUUGUUAAGGUCCAUAGUCCGGUCUCGGUCAGACUGAGAUUGCCAGCCAGUCUGCGUCGGGUCCAUCCGGUGUUCCAUGUUUCUAAUUUAAAGCCCGUUGUUCGCGCUCCUCCGCGUCCUGUCUUGUCUCCGGUCCGUGUCGAGGGUGCUCCCAUAUACCGUGUCCGCAGAUUACUCGACGUUCGCCCCAGGGGGAGGGGUCAUCAGUUUUUGGUCGAUUGGGAGGGGUAUGGUCCUGAGGAGAGAUGCUGGAUCCCCUCCCGGGACGUCCUGGACCGCUUGCUGAUUGACGACUUCUUUCCCGCCCGUCAGUCACCCUCUGGUGCGCCAGGUGGCGCACCUUGAGGAGAGGCAGUCGCCGAGGAGAGUUGUGGAGGGUCUACCUGCAAGAGCGCUGUACCAGCUCCAUAGCUCCCGACCCCUCUGGGUAGCCAGCUGAGGUCCAUUAUCUCCGUCUGCAGAGCUACUUUCUGUUUCCUUCUGUGAAAAGACAUUUUCUGUUUAUUCAGCCUUUCAGUCCAGCAGAAGAGCUCAAACCCAGAGUCCAGCUGUGUGUCUAUGAAGAGUAACGCCUCUAUGAAUAUGCCACUAACGUUUAAGAGUGGAGACAUAUGGCCUGAUCUCUGUUCAGUCCAGCAGAAGAGCUCAAACCCAGAGUCCAGCUGUGCGUCUAUGAGGAGUAACGCCUCUAUGAAUAUGCCACUAACGUUUAAGAGUGGAGACACACAGCCUCAUCUCAGGAAGAGUAAUGCCUCUAUGAAUAUGCCACUAACGUUUAAGAGUGGAGACACAUGGCCUGAUCUCAGUUCAGUCCAGCAGAAGAGCUCAAACCCAGAGUCCAGCUGUUCGUCUAUGAGGAGUAACGCCUCUAUGAAUAUGCCACUAACGUUUAAGAGUGGAGACACACAGCCUCAUCUCAGUUCAGUCCAGCAGAAGAGCUCAAACCCAGAGUCCAGCUGUGUGUCUAUGAAGAGGAACGCUUCUAUGAAUAUGCCACUAAUGUUUAAGAGUGGAGACACAUGGCCUAAUCUCAGCCAUGACUCUAAUCCUGCUGAAGUCCUCAACACAUUAAGAUCAAAUCUGAGACAGAAGUUUGAGUGUGUGUGUGAGGGAAUAUCAAAGCAGGGAAACCCAACACUCCUGAAUGAGAUCUACACAGAGCUCUACAUCACAGAGAGUGGAAGUGGAGAGAUCAAUAAUGAGCAUGAGGUGAGACAGAUUGAGACACAGUCCAGGAGAGCAGAAACAGAGGACACACCAAUCAAAUGCAGUGACAUCUUUAGACCUUUACCUGGACAAGACAAACCCAUCAGAACUGUGCUGACAAAGGGUGUCGCUGGCAUUGGAAAAACAGUCUCUGUGCAGAAGCUCAUCCUGGACUGGGCUGAAGGGAAAGAGAAUCAGGACGUCCAGCUCAUAUUUCCACUUCCUUUCAGAGAGCUCAACUUGUUGAAGGACAAAACACUCAGUCUUUCAGAUCUUCUUCAUCGCUUCUUCCCUGAAACCAGAGAAAUGGCCAUAUCCAGUGAUGAGUAUAAAGUGCUGUUCAUCUUUGAUGGUCUGGAUGAGUGUCGUCUGUCUCUGGAUUUUCAGAGCGAUGUGAGGUUGUGUGAUGUGACUGAAUCAGCCUCAGUGGACGAGCUGCUGACGAACCUCAUUGUGGGGAAUCUGCUUCCCUCGUCUCUCAUCUGGAUCACCUCCAGACCAGCAGCAGCGGAUCUUGUCCCCUCUGAGUGUGUCCAUCGAGUGACAGAGGUACGAGGCUUCAGUGACACACAGAAGGAGGAAUAUUUCUGGAAGAGAAUCAGUGAUCAGAGUGUGGCCUACGGGAUCAUCUCACACCUGAGGUCCUCAAGGAGCCUCUUUAUUAUGUGCCACAUCCCAGUGUUCUGCUGGAUCUCAGCCACUGUUCUAGAGAGGAUGUGUAGUGAAGCAGAGGGAGGAGAGAUUCCCAAGACUCUCACUCAAAUGUACACACACUUCCUGCUCAUUCAGACCAACAUCAAACAUGAGAAGGACUAUGAGAAAAAAGUGAAAGAUGAAGCCAUGAUUGUCAAACUGGGGGAACUGGCUUAUCAGCAGCUUGUGAAAGGCAACCUGAUCUUCUAUGAGGAAGACCUGAGCGAGUGUGGCAUUGAUGUGGCAGAAGCAUCAGUUUACUCAGGAUUGUGCACUCAGAUCUUCAGAGAAGAGUUGGGCUUGUAUCAGGGGAAAGUCUUCAGCUUUGUUCAUCUGAGCAUUCAGGAACAUCUAGCAGCUCUAUAUGUGCAUCUCUCCUUUAUAAACUAUAACAUCAAUGUGUUUGUCCAGAUUACCAAACCAACUAAUGGAGACAAAGUGUCACUGUCUGAUCUCCAUCUGAGAGCUGUGGAUGAGGCUUUAGACAGUAAAAAUGGGCAUCUGGACCUUUUCCUUCGUUUCCUUCUGGGUCUGUCAGUGAAGUCUAAUCAGAGUCUCUUACAAGAAAUAAAGAUACAGACAGCAAACAGCUCUCACAACAAUGAGGAAACAGUUGACUAUAUUAAAGAGAAGAUCAGUGAGAAUCCCUCUCCAGAUAAAUACAUCAAUCUGUUUCAUUGUCUGAAUGAACUGGGUGAUCUUUCUCUAGUGAACGCAGCUGAACCUCAUAUGAGCCGUGGAGGAUUACGUAACGUGAAACUCUCCUCGUCUCAGUGGUCAGCUUUAGUGUUUGUGUUGUUGUCCUCAGAGGAGACACUACAGGAGUUUAACCUGAGCAGCUUAAUUGGAGACGAAAAUGAUGAUGUUACACAAAACACAGACAAUGAACUUCUUCAGAAGCUGCUGCCUGUGGUUACAGCAACUAGAUCACUUGUGUUUAGGGAUUGUGGUGUCACUGGUUGUGCAGCUCUGGCUUCAGCUCUGAGAUCAAACCCCUCACAACUGAGAAAACUGAAUCUGUCAUAUAAUCAACUAGGAGACUCAGUGAAGCUGCUCUCUGCUGUACUGGAGAAUCCUCUCUGUAAACUGGAGAAACUGGGGUUGAGUGAUUGUGGUGUCACAGAUGAAGGUUGUGCUCCUCUGGCUUCAGCUCUGAGAUCAAACCCUUCACACCUGAGAAAACUGGAUUUGUCUAAGAAUAAUCUAGGAGACUCGGGAGUGAAGCUGCUCUCUGCUAUACUGGAGAAUCCUCUCUGUAAACUGGAGGAACUGUGGUUGAGUGAAUGUGGUGUCACAGAUGAAGGUUGUGCUGCUCUGGCUUCAGCUCUGAGAUCAAACCCCUCUCACCUGAGAAAACUGGAUCUGGAUAAGAAUAAACUAGGAGACUCAGUGAAGCUGUUUUCUACUGUACUGGCGAAUCCUCUCUGUAAACUGGAGAUACUGUGGUUAAGGGAUUGUGGUGUCACAGAUGAAGGUUGUGGUGCUCUGGCUUCAGCUCUAAGAUCAAACCCCUCACACCUGAGAGAGCUGAGUCUGUAUGGGAAUAAACUAGGAGACUCAGGAGUGAGGCUGAAGGGUCUGAAGGAUGAUCCACAUUAUAAACUGGAGACAGGAAAAAGAGUGACAACCCUCUUUCACCUGACUUCGUCCCAUCUAUCUUCAACCAUCUUCCAUCCCCAGAGAAGAGAGGAAGAAAGCGGAAGUUAGAUGUGUUCAAUAGAAGACAGAAGAGCAAACUCCAAAGAAUAGAGCAAGCAGCAA